GUGAAAAUGAACAAGGAUUGUCAAGAUUCUCAUGAACCUCAGUCACUUUCGAUGGCAGAACAGGUGACAGAAGCAACAGCAUCUGGCGUGUUCUGUAGCAGAAUACUUAAUAUGGUGAAUACAGGGGAUGUUAAUGCUAUCAUUCUAGCUCAGAGACACAUGCUUGAUCGUUUUGAGAAAACCAAUGAAAUGUUGCUCAAUUUCAAUGGUCUCUCCAAUGUACGAUUGCAACAGAUGAGUGAUCGGUUUGCACAUCACACCAGGACACUGGUGGAAAUGAAGAAAGACUUGGACAUCAUCUUUAGAAGAAUCAGGAUGUUAAAAGGGAAACUGGCAAAGCAAUAUCCAGAGUCUUUCAAUAAUGUUCAUGAAUCUCCCAUUCUAGAAGAUGAUGAUGAUUUUGACCCAACCCCCAAAAGUGCUGCAACCACAAUUGCGACAUCAGAACAAAGCACAGAGUCCUGUGACACAAGCCCCUCUAUCAUUUCACCUGCUAUGAGCCAGGACUUUGAGGACUUAUCCCAGGCUCCUUCUGACACUCCAUCUGUCAAUGGGCAGAUACUGACAGAUGAAGAGUUGGUCCAUGAGGAUUAGCAGACUAUAGGGUGAAAGCCACAAAAUUAUGUCUAAAUUAUGGUUGUUUGCUUUUUUCUCAACCUCCAGCACAAUGCAUUGUCAUCCUUCUUCCACCAAGGAAUUCUUGUUAUGCUGCCUGGAAAUAAGCAACCCUGCAUUGUCAAGUAUUCGUAAGAAGCAAAACUUGGGUCAGUGUUGAGUAAAAGGAUGGUUGAUACCAGAUUCAAGACUGAGCUAGCUCUUCCUAGGACUCUUAGCUGUUGUUUUUGGGAAAGGUAUUUCUGCACGCUUGGCUCACUUUUGAUACCAUGACUUCCCACCUCUCCUUUCUUGUCUUUUUUAGAACACACGCUUGUACAUUAAACUUAUUUCUUUUUCCUUUUUUGGUCAACAAUUCUUACUCCCUUUUGCUAAUGCUGUUUCUUAACUAGAUUUUAUUCUCAAUUUUAUGCCCAUUUCUGUGUUUCUAGUAUCAUGUUCACUUCUUCUCUCAUGUUGUUGGGCUUGUGUUCCCUGUGUCUUUUGAUCAUGUCUGAAUUUUGUCAGAAAAGAUCAUAUUUGCCUCUUUUGUCAUAUUGGCCAUUUCUGUGUAUCUGGUAAAAAAUAAUGCAGGGAAAUGCCAUUUUUUUCAUGAACCGCACAAUCACAAAUUUACUUCUUCCUCGCUGAUUGCAUUUAAUCAGGCUCAAGCCUUGGGUCACAAAGUUUAAUGUAAGAAGACUUUCUAAAAAGUGUUAAAAAAAAGCUAUAUAUAUCAUUUUCAAAGCAAAAGAUUAGACAUCCCAAGACAGUACAUAUCUGUAUCUGCUUGAAACAGAAGUGUUAUUUGCAGUGACAAAAUCAUGGUAUUUAGCACUUAUUUAAUUAUUAAUUAUUUUUAAGUUUUUUCAGCAUCCCUUACAAUAAAAUGAAAUAAUUUGUAACCAAUAUUUGCUGGCUUUGAAAUGAAAAUGGAUAGAUAUA